AUGGCGAAUAAGAAAUAAGAAAAAUAUAUUUUUGGAUCAAAUAGAGAAUUUAAAGAAUAAAAAUUCUAAUUUAAGAUAUGCUGUAAUAUGAAGAAUAGGAUGGAAAGCAUAUAACGAAUUUAUUUAAUGGUAUUGUAUAGCCAAUUAAAAAUAGAUUUUUCAAGAAACUCUGUGUUUGUAAAUUAUAUAGUAACUCUCUAGAAAAAUGAAAUUAAUUGAUUAAAUUUACAGUGUUCAGCAUUAAAAUAACAAAGCCUUAAUUUAUUUUUCGCUUAUUUAUAAAACACACUACUAUUGUGAAGUAAGCUUAUUAAUAAAAAUAUUGAGCUCGGUUGCAUUCUUGAGCAAAAAAGUUAAAACAUAAACAUUCCUAGAAAUUGGAAGAAUAUUUAGAAUACAAUAAAAAACAUUUUAUAUUAAAACUAAUAAAUUUUCAAAUCAUAUGAGAUAAUAAAGCUCCAUCAAAAUUGAGAAAAAAGUAAAGUUUUUAUAAUGAAUAGAUAAUUAAGGAUUUAGACAUAUAGAAUCAAAUAAAGCGUAAAUAAAUGAAUUAAAUAAUGAUUUGA